UAGAUAGUCUACUUAGGUAUAUAGCGAGGAAUACAAAGUGAUAUCUUUAGUGAGUAGUUCAUACGACGGACGACCAACAUGUCGCACGAAGAAUCGAUUCGAGUGAUUAAGAAGUUCUUCGUAGAUAUAUUUUUAAUAUCGAUAUUGGUAUUAUGCAUAUACGCGACAAACAGUCUUUGGGAGCCCUUCGAGAGGGGGUUCUUCUGUGGAGACGAGAGCCUCAUGUUUCCAUAUAGAAACGAUACGGUGACCACGCCGAUGCUCAGGCUGUUCGGACUUGGCCUGCCUGUACUAGCAUUUUUCCUCUGCGAGUGGGUGCUCCUACGCAAGGAAGUGGAUGACCAGCGUAUCCUCAGCAUUUGUAUACCAGCAUGGCUGCGUGGCUUCUACUGCCCACUGGCUUCCUUCGCUUUCGGGACCUGCUUCAUAGAACUUACUACCAACGUCGCCAAAAAUGUCAUCGGAAGACCUAGGCCGCAUUUCUUUGAUCUAUGCAAACCCUCAAUAGACUGCAGCCUCCCUGAAUGGCAGAAGCGGUACAUCCAGCCCCACGAGUACACAUGCACGGGCGAACAGACUGACAAGUUCACAGACAUGCACAUGUCUUUCCUUAGUGGGCACUCUGCUUGGUCCGCGUUCACCAUGUUUUACUUGGCUCUGUACCUAGAAAAGAGAAUGGUUUGGCGAGAUACCCGCGUUCUUCGCCACGUGCUUCAGUUCGGCGCGGUGAUGCUGAGCUGGUUCACCGCGCUCUCUCGGGUGACUGACUACAAGCAUCACUGGAGCGACGUGCUGGCUGGAUACUUCCUUGGGAUGACCUUCGCUGUGCUCAUAUGGACUUGGGGCACGGAUAUUUUGGAGCCAAAGAGAAAGCACAAACCUUUACCGCAACACGAGUUGGCGUCGGUACAACACGGGCAAAUGGCGGCACCGGCGUAGUUUUAGUUUUAAUGUGUCUACAAUAAAUACCUAAUUAAAUUGUAAGAAUAUAACUAUAUUAGUUAUAUUUAAACAGAAACCCUCCUUAUUUACUUUUGUAGGUACUUUUACAUACUUAUACGCUAAGUAGAUAGAGUUCGUAGAUUUUUAAGUUUAUUAUUAUUAUGAAAAU